AUGAACGAUGUUCCUCCCCGCGCAUCGGACUCGAGCGCGUCGGCGGAUACAUUGAGAAGCGCCUCGGUCUCCCCGCACGAAGACGCACGCGCCGGUGAUGUCGUGGAAAAUGCCGACCAAGAGACUCAGCCACUACCAGAUAUCAUGCGAGAUGAUGCAAUGGACGAAGAUGCUCCAACCGAGCCUGUCACAGCACCGAUAAACCUGUCCAGCGCGUUAGCAAAACAAGCACAACAAGGAAAUGCUUAUGAUUCCCUGUCGCAAAAUGUCACGACUGAGCCUAGUGGAUCUCAACCAAGAGCCCCGGGUAUGCAAGCAGCUCAGAGCAUGUUCGAAAACCCGCCAAACCUUGCACGAAUUCGCCGGGUUUUGUUCGAGUGCAAGGAUCCAAUCGAGAUUAGUUUGGAGGAGUUCGAGACAUAUUGGCCAUUCAUCGACAAUGUAUGGGUCAAGCAGAGAACAAAUGCCAGUAAGGAGGGUCACUGUACCACGGACUACUAUAUGUGUCGGCUACGACGCCCAACCCAUCGCACAUCUGAGACUCGUCCGUUGCCGGAAGGGAAACGUCCCCGCAAGAAGCGCGUGCGCGAAGGGGGCCUUUGCAACUUCCAGAUCAAGGUGGUCCGGUUUGACGGCGCAUAUACCACAGUGACUAUUGCAAGAACCCCUGGAAGUGGCAGCAUUCAUUCUCAUGACUUGGACUACAUCGACCGAGUCAAGCGCAACUCGGGAUUGAUGGAAUUCGCGCGCAGGGAGUCUGCAAAGGGAUAUCUGCCUUCUUCCAUAUACACCAAAUUCCAGGAGGAACCAGACAAGUUGAAUGAGGCUGGAGGGCGCUUUCUCACUGUGACGGACGUGCGCAACGUCUCUGCCAAGUGGCGCAUCCAAAACCCUGAAGUCAAGCUUAUUCCCCAUGAUGGGUAUCAGCUGGUCAAGGGCCACGGCAUUGUAAAAUCCGUGGGCCCGGUCAGUGCCAGCGAAACUGUACAGACUCAGCCUAUUCCAUCAGCCUCGUCACCACAUCUGCCCCCAGACACGUUAUCCUUCCCCAACUUCUCCCUAGACUUCUUACAGCCCUAUUUACCCAACCACUCCGAGAAACGCGAGCUACCUCACGUCACCCUGUCCUAUGCAUCAUCCAUGGACUCCAAAAUCUCCCUUCUGCCAGGAAUGCAGACGGUCCUAUCAGGGCCCGAGGCCAAGCUCAUGACUCAUUACCUUCGGUCUCGCCACGAUGCGAUCCUCAUUGGCGUUGGCACCGUCCUCGCCGAUAACCCAGGGUUGAACUGCCGCCUCGAAGGAGCCGGUGGCUUUGGUGGACUGGGCCGGAUGUGGCAGCCUCGCCCCGUAGUCAUUGAUCCCAUGGGACGCUGGCCCAUUCACCCAGAUUGCCGUAUGCUCCGAACGGCCGUGGAGGGCAAAGGUAAAGCGCCAUGGGUUGUUGUCUCACCGGGAGCCCAGAUCAACCCCCAAAGGCUGAUGAUGCUCAAGGGCUACGGUGGUGACUUUCUACGAAUCGUAGAGUACAAUCAGAACUGGCGAUUACGAUGGGAAGCUGUCCUCCGGGCUCUGGCGUCCGAGGGAAUCAAGAGUGUCAUGAUCGAAGGCGGUGCGACGGUGUUGAGUGAGCUCCUGAACCCGGAGUAUACCAACUUCAUUGACUCGAUUAUCGUGACGGUGGCGCCCACCUAUCUUGGUCGUGGGGGUGUGAGUGUCAGCCCAGAUUCUAAGCUGGAUCAAGAGGGCAAGCCCAAUGCGGCGCUAAACCCUCGAGACGUCAAAUGGACGCCGCUAGGUCAGAAUGUUAUUAUGUGUGGCAACAUUCGACAGCGUGAGCCUGAGCGACCAGAAGAGCCUGUAUGA